CCGUGGAUGGUUCCUUCUCAGAACUUCAUUACCCCAGCACCAGCUUUUCUCUGAAGAACAACACUAUAUAAGCUACACAACCCACACAAUAAAAUCUACCAAAAUUUCAUCUUCUGAACUUGAGCAUAACAAAAGCUCUUACAAUUUAGAGUACUCCUUCCCCCUUCUAUAGUCUCUAUAAGUUCUUUCCCCUCAACCUCAACUCGCACAGCCUUAAUUACACGACUUUUUCGGCAAAAAAAGAUGGUUUCAAUUAUGAGCAAGCAACAGAACCUGUUGUCCAAAAUAGCAACCAACGGUGGACAUGGCGAAGACUCGCCUUACUUCGAUGGUUGGAAGGCGUAUGACACUGAUCCCUAUCAUCCUACUAGCAAUCCUAAUGGUGUUAUUCAGAUGGGUCUUGCAGAAAACCAGCUUUGUUUUGAUUUGAUUCAAAGCUGGAUUGUGAACAAUCCAAAAGCCUCAAUCUGUACGGUUGAAGGAGCGAAUGACUUCAAGGACAUUGCUCUAUAUCAGGAUUAUCAUGGCUUGCCAGAGUUCAGAAAUGCAGUCGCCAAUUUUAUGGGAAAAGUGAGAGGAGACAGAGUGACAUUCGACCCUGACCGUAUUGUUAUGAGUGGUGGAGCAACUGGAGCUCAUGAAACCAUGGCCUUCUGCUUGGCUGAUCCUGGUGAUGCAUUUUUGGUACCCACACCAUAUUAUCCAGGAUUUGAUCGAGAUUUGAGAUGGCGAACAGGGCUGCAACUUGUUCCGGUUGAAUGCAAGAGCUCUGACAACUUCAAGGUCACCAAAACAGCAUUGGAAGUGGCAUAUCAGAAAGCUCAAGAGGACAACAUCAGAGUCAAGGGCUUGCUUAUAACCAACCCUUCAAACCCAUUGGGGACUGUCUUGGACAGAGAGACAUUGAGAGAUAUAGUGAGCUUCAUCAAUGAGAAAAGCAUCCACCUAGUCUCUGACGAGAUAUAUGCUGCCACAGUCUUCAACCAGCCCGGCUUCAUUAGCAUUGCUGAGAUAAUAGAGGAAGACUUGGAAUGCAAUCGCGAUCUUAUUCACAUUGUUUAUAGUCUCUCAAAAGACUUGGGCUUCCCUGGCUUCAGGGUCGGUGUUGUGUACUCUUACAACGAUGCAGUAGUGAAUUGUGCUCGGAAGAUGUCAAGUUUUGGACUUGUUUCCACACAAACCCAACGCCUGAUUGCAUCAAUGCUCCUGGAUGACCAUUUUGUUGAGACGUUCAUCGUUGAGAGCGCAGAGAGGCUAAGUAAAAGGCAUGAGACCUUCACAAAGGGGUUAGCUCAAGUAGGCAUUGGUAGUUUGAAUAGCAAUGCUGGGCUCUUUUUUUGGAUGGACCUGCGAAGACUCCUCCAAGAGCCAACUGUUGAAGCUGAGAUGAAACUUUGGCGGGUGAUAAUCAAUGAAGUUAAGCUCAAUGUAUCGCCGGGGUCUUCUUUCCAUUGCUCAGAGCCCGGUUGGUUCAGAGUUUGCUUCGCGAACAUGGAUGAUGAAACCAUGAAAGUUUCACUAAGAAGGAUAAGGAACUUUGUGCUUAAAAGCAAGCAAGUGGAGACAGCUCCUAAGAGGCAAUGUUUGCAAAGAAAUCUUCAAGUCAAAUUAUCAUUCCGAAGGUCGGAUGAUAUCUUCAUGUCACCUCAUAUGAUGUCCCCUCACUCCCCUAUGUCUUCACCCCUUGUUCGCGCUAUGAAUUAGAUAGUGCAAUUCGAAGUUUACAUCAUUCGAAACUCGUACAGGAAAAGAUUGAUGAUUUUUUUGUAAAUAUGCCAUUAAGAGGAAAUGGCAUCAAUACAUUGUUUCUAUAUGAAUAACCAACAUCAUGUCCCAUUUGUUAAAUGGUAAUCGGUUGUUGGCAAUAAAGUUCCAAUUUUUUUUUUUUUUUAAAAUUGUAUUUGAAUUCAUCGUGUAUUCUCAUUCCUAUUCACAGAAUUGAUAAACUCUAAUGUUACCCGGCGGAAAGAUUGUUUACACACUUCAAUUAAUAAAAA